AUGUCACAAAACACUAAAACUAGAUUUUCCUGUCAGACUUGUCGAGUCCCAAGCCAAAAAUCUGACAAAGUAAUUUCAAAAAAACCGGAGGAAAGGAUGGAAGAGCUUAUUAAGUCAGUUUCUUUUAUGAGUUCACAAUUUGAUGAAUUCAACAAAAAACUGGACGCGGCUUUACUGGAAAUGAAUCACCUACGAACAGAAAAUAAUAAAUUAAAAAUUGAAAAUACUAGAUUAGCAAACGAUAUACUAGAUAUAAAACAAAAACUUGAUACAUUUGAACAAGCGAACAUGGGUAUCGAAGCUUCAAGAUUAAACUCAACUAAUAACAAACCGUCAAUAAUAAUUGCAAAACUAGAAACUUCGGAAAUGAGAAAAAACCUAAUAAAAAUAAAUAAACUACAGAAACUAAAUGCAAACAUGCUAUCAGAAAAUUGGAAUAAAGAAAAUAAAAUCUACAUCAAUGAACGUUUGACGAAAGAAAAACGUAUACUUUACUCAAAAACAAGGGCUGCUGGUAAAGAACGCAACUACAAAUUUAUAUGGAUUUCAAAUGCAGAUAUCUUAAUAAGAAAGGAUGAAAACUCUAAAAUAACUCGAAUAAGAUCAAUCAACGACAUUGAACGCAUGUAA